GGGAGGGUUGGUCACAGCCACUGCCUGGGCACUCUUUUAUGUGGAGCAGCUCAGCCUGGAGCUCGAAGCCGGAAGACUUUGGAAGACCUAGUGUCCUAUCUGAGCUUCCUGAUGGCAUCAGGCAAUCUGGCUUAUAAAGAUAAUCACAAAGCCAAGAAGGCAAGAGCAAAUGUACCUCUGAAAACACAAGAAAAUUAGACAAAUAAUGACAAAUAAAUCCAUAUCAAACCCAUAAACUAUGAAAACAAAAACCAUCUUGGAGAGCUCUAAACCUCAGAAAGGACUCACAUGAUUUACUAUUUGGGUCUGGGAGAGGCAGCCUGCCGCCCCUUUGGGAGAAGACCCUACAAGAUGCAGUCUUUUAGAAUCUGGGAUAUUAACCAGAAGACUUUCUACCUGAGGAACAACCAACUUGUUGCUGGAUACUUGCAAGUGCCAAAUACUAAAUUAGAAGAAAAGAUAGACAUGGUGCCCAUUGACCUUCAUGCUGUGUUCUUGGGGAUCCACAAGGGGAAGCUGUGCCUGUCCUGUGUCAAGUCUGGUGAUGAUAUCAGUCUCCAGUUGGAGGCAGUUAACAUCACUGAGCUGAGCAAGAACAAGGAGCAGAACAAGCGCUUCACCUUCAUCCGCUCAGACAGUGGCCCCAUCACCAGUUUCCAGUCAGCUGCCUGCCCGGGCUGGUUUCUCUGUACUGUGGUGGAAGCUGACCAGCCUGUCCGCUUUACCAACAACCUGGAAGACUCUGACAUGGUCACCAAGUUCUACUUCCAAGAGGACCAGUAGUACUGCCCAGACCUGCCCUUCCCUACCCCCUGGCCAUCAUUGGCCUCUCCACCUCUGCUCAUGUGGUUCCUGGCUGUCACAGAGAUUCAAGGAGUAACUUUUGCAGGUAGACUCUGGAAGGAGUCCUGAAAACCCUGCUGACAGGACUCUGCCUCCAGUCUCUCACUGACAGCCUCCAUGCUGCCUCCAGAAUGGUCUUUCAAAGUGCAAACAGCCCCACUCAAACCUCUUCCAUGUCGCCUCUGCCCUGUGAGUGAAAUCUGGACCACUACCCAGCCUGAGUUACUCCUGCCACUGCAUCCCACAGUGCACCUGCUGGUUUUAGGUGUCUGUUCCUCUCUUCCCAUCUCCCCCUCCCCCCUUGCCCCACUGCCCAUUGCCCACAUCCAUCGAGUCACUAGCUGACCCCCACUGAGAGACUUCCAUACCCUAUAUUACCAGCCAGUGCUGGUCCAUGGGGAGGUUUGUUAUUGUUUAUUGUUUUGUAGGUGCUGGGGAUUGAACCCAGGGCCUCAGGCAUGCUAAGCAUGCAUAUACUCUACUACUGAGCUGCACCUCCAGCUCAUGGAGACAUUUUUAAGGAUCUAUAGAAAUACAAAUUAAGGAGUUUGUGAUUAUUUUAAAACCAGCUUUAUUCAAUGUGAAAGAGAAUCCUUCAUUUGGAGGUUUUGUUCUUUCUGAGAGGGCCUGGAAGAUUAGAAUGUUCUUCCUCUGUGAAAUGGUGGCAGAAAUGGGAAAGGAGGUGAUAGUUUUUUCUCUUUUGGUAACACCCUAAACUGUAAAAAUUACAAGUUAGUGGACUACCUUGGCGCCCCCCCUCCCUUGUGUAUUUUUACUUUUUGAAACGUUCCCAUAAUUGGGCCUCUCUGCUGGGGCCCCAAACACCAUCUCCACUCCAGAUCUUCUGCAGCUGCCUACAGUAAAUUCCCUCUUGUGGGAAGUGCCCCAACUCUGUAGUGUGGAAAUGUGGCUCCCAGGGAUCCUUCCCUUGCAGCCAAGGAGGGAAGGACCCACGAAUUGCUCCUUGGCCAUUUGGCCCCUUUGACAGUGAGAUUUCCAAGAAAGAGUGCUGCACAUCUGUCUGUCUCCCACCAGACUGGGAGCUCCCAAGAUCAGAAAGCCUGACUGCAUGUGUCUUGGGUCCCUGUGAGAUGGAACAACUGGCUAGCCCUUAAUAGGUACUCAGUGAAUGACUGUUAUAUGUUGGAUGGAAAAUUUCUUACUCCCUGUGACUUUAGCUUUGUUUUACAGUAAAAUCUUGAAAAUGCCUA